AGUCAAUCCACCUCCACUCCCCUCCCCCUCCUCCUGUCAAUGAUCUCCUCCCUCUUAUUAUGCAUUUGAAUGCAUACAUGCUGUUCAAUAUCUCUUUGCCUUAAUCUCUGUUAUCACAUUCUGGGUCUGCCUGCAGACCUCUUCUCAAAUUUCGGUGUCCUAACAUGGCUCCCUCGUUGGGAUUCUGGGAGAACAUAUUGUACAUUGAUGCAUAUGACUCCUUCUCCUACAAUGUCGUCGCCAUGCUGGAAGAAGUUCUCAAGGCUACAGUCUCAGUCUUGAGAAUUGACUCAUCAUGGCCCAAUGGCAACAUGGCCGACUAUGUGCAGCGUUUCGAGGCCGUCGUUCUUGGGCCUGGUCCGGGCGAUCCUCAUAUUCCUCAAGACGUGGGGAUCAUGAGAGACAUCUGGAAACUGGAUGGCAGGAACCAACUACCUAUCUUUGGAAUAUGCCUUGGCUUCCAGAGUUUAUGUCUGCACCACGGGGCUUCGAUUCGUCGACUUCCAUAUCCCAUUCACGGGCAGGUCCGUCGCGUUCAGACAGCACAGGAGGACAUCUUUCGAGAUGUUCAGGAGCUGGAAGUCACACUGUAUCACUCGCUGUACGCUGACAUGAAGUCAUUCGUCUCCGAUGAUGGUCACCAUCACGGUUUUGUUGCGCAAGAUCUGGAUCUCCUUGCCUGGCUGUCUCUUGAGCAAGACGGCGCACCCCAUCAGACACGAAUUCCAAUGGCUGUUCGCCACAAAAAGAAGCCAUUCUGGGCCGUUCAAUUUCAUCCUGAAUCCUGCAAGUCAGAUAGAAAAGCAUGCAGCGACCUGCUCAAAAAGUGGUGGGCUGCGGCUCUCCGAUACAACAAACUGAAUGGACGAGGCAGCUACAGUAGCAUGUCAAUUGUCGCGCCUAGGUCUUCCGGUGACCAGCCAUCUAUCCCGGACAUUGUCCAUACUAUGUUAGAGUGGAGUGCGUCAACAUCGAGUCACUCCUCCUCCCGAACUUUUGAGUCCCAGCAACUAGGAGCCGAGACAAUCUGCGAGGCUCUCAAUGGUCCGGGGUCGGCAGCUGUCAUUUUCAAGUCCAACGGCCGGUACAGCAUCAUAUCUGUUCCUAGCUCCAACACUUGGAAGCUCGAAUACUAUGCGCAGAAUGAACGUCUGCUCCUAGAGAAGUUAUCAGUCGGCAGCACGAAGAGCUCACCCAGUGAUCACCAAACCACAAUCGAGGAUUGCUUGUCAGCAUCUCGGUUCUGGAGCGCACUCAGGUUCCUCAUGGAUGCCAAAAAAGUGCUUACGGGUGAUGAUACGGUCCCAUUUUGGGCCGGCUUUUUGGGUUACUUUUCUUACGAAAUGGGGCUGGCUUCCAUUGCCCGUCCAAAAAGUCACGAACAGGAUUUCCAAGGGACGCAUGCCGCAGGAGCCGGUGGUCCCUCGAGCAAUCCUGCAGAUGCCAGCUUAUUAUGGACUGAAAGGAGUGUGGUCGUUGAUCAUCACACUGGCCGCGUCACCAUCCAGUCUACUUGUGCGACGGAUGAUUUGGCCAAUGGAUGGCUGGAUGAGACAUUGACGUCUCUCCAAAGGCUUGCAACUUCUGACAGACCCGCUGAAACCGAAGGUACGAUGACAGAUUCGCAAUCUUUGGAUCGCAUUCUUGAGCAGGGUGUGGUGCGAUUCCCGGAUCGGCAAAUUUACCAGGACCAAUUCGAUGCCUGUCGUGCACAACUACUAGCUGGCGAAUCUUACGAACUAUGUCUUACUAAUGAGACUACCAUAACAUUGCCCUCAGCAGAAAGCAAUAGUGGCCGCAAGGAGUUUCCUUGGAAACUGUACCGGCGUCUUCAGAAACAUAACCCUGCCGCCUUCAGUGCUUAUGCCAGACUAGGAAACCUCAAGAUUGUCAGCAGCAGCCCUGAAUGUUUCCUGAACUGGGACCGUCACUCUCGGUUAGAAAUGAAACCAAUGAAAGGAACUGUGAGGAAGACGAACGACAUGACUCUUGAAAAGGCGCGCGAAAUCCUAGGCACGACCAAAGAGAUGGCAGAGAAUCUUAUGAUUGCAGAUCUCAUCCGACACGACCUUUACGGUAUCUGUGGCUCGGGAGGGGUGCAUGUGGAGAAGCUUCUCGAGGUAGAAGACCAUGGGCGCGUCUACCAAAUGAUCACGCAUGUCAUAGGAGAGGUCGACCCAAACCGACCUGGCUUUGCGGCUCAAGAUAUGCCACAAUUAUAUUCAAACGGCAUGUCAGCAUAUGGUCUAACGGCGCUGCAGCAAUGCCUCCCACCUGGCUCUAUGACCGGUGCGCCGAAGGAACGAUCGUGCUUGCACCUUUCCUCGAUUGAGGGUCGAAACCGGGGAGUCUAUUCUGGUGCAAUGGGUUUUCUUGAUCUCGGUGGUGGAGGGAGCUUCUCGGUCCUGAUACGCACCGCCUUUACAUAUGCUGGCGACGAUGAUGUCGAACAGGUCUGGCGCAUCGGCGCAGGCGGCGCAGUCACCAUUCUUAGCACUGCUGAAGGCGAAUGGGAGGAGAUGUUAACCAAGUUGAGAACAGUCCUUGGAAAGCCUAAGAAACAUUGUGCGAGCUUACCGAACACCAUGGCAACCGCACCAGAGUCCUCACUGGAGGAAAUCCUAUGGCGAUCCCCGCCGCACGUGCAGAUGAUGGGAGGCUAUCUCCAUUCGAAUAACAUCCUCUUCUACUUUGCCGAAUCCCCCUUCUUCGAUCCCACAUCCAACAAUGCCUCCCUCGCGAUCCAAGCCAACUACAAUGAAGCCUUCCGGCAAUUCAUCGAGACCCGCGAAGCCUUCGAAGGCCGGCUCGCCACGAUGCAGGGCCUAGAAUUCAUCGUCUCGUACGAUCCACUCCAGGCCGCCGCGCAACCGGGCGGGCGAUUCGCACACGAGCCCUCCAACAUCUGGGUGAUCCGGAAGCAGACGCGGCGCAAGCGAGCCGGACAAGAGGACGAGGUGGAGGUCCUCUCCACCUACUUUGUCGUCGGCGAUUGCAUCUACAUGGCACCAUCAGUGGCAAGUGUCAUUGGGAACCGAAUCCUUUCGGCCGUGACCUCUCUCACCAGCCUCCUCAAAACAGCAUCCACCCUACCCACCUUCACACCGUCACACGGACACACCUAUCUCCCGCCAUCGGCCAAACAACCCGACUCAGCCGCUCAAGCAGCCGGCACCGCCGCAGCGCAGCAGAGCAAAGAGAACACGCCGAUGCCCGACGCGCCAACGAAGGCGCCUCUUGUCGGAUUGCAGGUGGCGCAGACGGGCGGCUCUGUGUACCAAGAUACCCGAACGCUGGCGGAGUCGUUCAGUCUGCUGACGCGGUACGGGGAUGAGUUCAUGGAUGAGAACCCGCUGGUCGGCGAACCGGGGUCGUUCCUCAUGUCCAAGGCCGGGGAUACAGCGGCGGCGGCGGGCGGGAUGAAUAAACAGGGCCCGAAUGCCGGUGGUGGUGCAACGGCUGCAAGAGUACCCACGCCGCAAGUCAGGGUGGAUACACCAGGGAGGGGCUCGGAGAAGGGAGCUGCGACGCCGUCCGCCGGGCUGGAGGAUAAUAGAUCAAGGAAGAAGAAGGUCAAGGUGGGGGUCUAAGUUGAGGUCCGGGGUUGGGUUCCGGGUGGGGAGAGUAUGAUACCCGUUUCACUUAUUAUCUAUCUGGGCUUGCUUAAGGGUGCUACGUAGCUAUUCUUGGGACGGGUACUGUGAAGCACUUGCCAUUCAGUGGAUUCAUGCUGGAGCGGGGUUUCCUUCUGCAUCUCCACAUUGGCUUGCAUUGUAUUGAAUAUCCAAGCACAUAUUCUCCCGAGGAAUGGGAUGCCG